AUUCACCUUCCUUCUCUUCUUCUCUCCUUUCUCCCUCACUCACGGCCGACCACGAACACCACCACCACCAGGCCGCCUGCCUUUUUCCCUCUACCGUGACCAGCCACCACAGCAAGGCAGCCCCUCUUUCUCCCCACCAAAAAUCUCUCUUCCCUCCCCGUUAUCGUUCCCAAAAAUGGCUCGUAACAAGGUGCCCACUUCAUAAGAGGAAGGUAAAACCUUAGUUGGGUGAUUUUUAUAACUUUUGGUCAUGCAGUGACGCUUGCAGUCUUGAUUUAUAGAUAUUAGGUGAGUAGUGAGAAAAAAUGACCACUGCAGCAAGACCUACUUGGGCACCUGCGAAGGGUGGAAAUGAGCAAGGUGGUACAAGAAUUUUUGGCCCAUCUCAAAAGUAUUCUUCAAGGGAUCUUGCAGCGCAUACUAAUUUAAAACCCAGAAAGGAUGGACAAGACACUCAGGAGGAGCUUCAGAAGAGGAACCUUCGUGAUGAACUUGAACAGCGUGAGCGAAGACAUUUUUCUUCCAAAGACAAAUCAUAUGGUGAGGAUAGAGAUCGUAGAAAGGGAAGCCAUCUUCUUCUGGAAGGAUCAAGGAGGGAAGCUGAAGACCGCAUUAUUCCUAAAAGUGUGGAUGCUGAUGAUUCUGAUGUUGAUGUAAAAAGUGAUGAUGAAAGUGAUGAGGACGAUGACGAUGAUGAGGAGGAUGACACAGAAGCUCUUCUGGCAGAGCUUGAACAAAUAAAGAAGGAAAGGGCCGAGGAGAAGUUACGAAUGGAACGACAGCAACAAGAGGAAGAAUUGAAAGUCAAAGAAGCAGAACUAAUGAGGGGAAACCCUUUACUUAAUAUCAACGGUCCAACCAAUUUCAAUGUAAAACGAAGGUGGGAUGAUGAUGUUGUAUUCAAGAAUCAAGCUCGUGGUGAGACGAAAACAGCUAAACGCUUCAUCAAUGAUACCAUCAGGAAUGAUUUCCACAGGAAAUUUCUACACAAGUACAUGAAGUAAACUGUUUUUAUUUCCAUUUGAUGUAACAACUGAUUUUCCUGUAUCCAUGAGUAUGUCCUUAAAAACUAAAUUUCUUGAUCAUGUUCGUUCGAUUGUGAAGCUCUGUUUUUGAAUGCGCUGUAAUGUUUGUGUCAAAAUUACUUCACCUUUGAUGUCAUGAUUUUAGAUUUAUGUGUACUCAAAUCUUGUUAUCAUUUCUUCCUAAGAUCUUCAAGACAUUGUUCGUUAAAUUGACAUAUUGUAAAAUGAGGUUUUGUUAACUCUA